AUGAUCCCACCUGAGGAUGCUUCUUUUAGUUAUAUUUCAUUGCCUGAAUACUUUGUGACAGUUCCUCCAAAGAUACAGCACUUUUAUCUGGCCCUUUUUCUUCUCUCUCUUUUCUCCCUCCUCCUCUUUUCUUUCUCCUCUCUCCUCUUUUCUUUUCUCUCUCCUUCUUUUCUCCUCCCUUUCUCCUCUUUUCUCUCCUCUCUCCUCUUUUUCUUUCUCCUCUCUUUUUUCUUUCUCCCUCUCUUUUUUCUUUCUCCUCUCUCCCUCUUUCUUUCCCUCUCUCUCUUUUCUUUCUCCUCUCUUUUUUCUUUCUCCUCUCUUUUUCUUUCUCCUCUCUUUUUCUUUCUCCCUCUCUCCCUCUUUUCUUUCUCCCCUCUUUCUCUCUCUUUUCUCCUCUCUCCUCUUUUCUUUCUCCUCUCUCCUCUUUUCUUUCUCCUCUCUCCUCUUUUCUUUCUCCUCUCUCCUCUUUUCUUUCUCCUCUCUUUUCAAAGUGGUUUAUCUGCCAAACUUGAAUUCAGUCCUAAGUUCUUUCUCUUUUUCUUUUCUCUUUCUUCUCUCUCUUUUCUUUCUCCUCUUUUCUCCCCUCUCUUUUCUUUCUCCUCUCUCCUCUUUUCCUCUCUUUCUUUCUCCUCUCUUUUCUUUCUCCUCUCUUUUCUUUCUCCUCUCUUUUCUUUCUCCUCUCUUUUCUUUCUCCUCUCUUUUCUUUCUCCUCUCUUUUCUUUCUCCUCUCUUUUCUUUCUCCUCUCUUUUCUUUCUCCUCUCUUUUCUUUCUCCUCUCCUCCUACAAGCCUCAAUUCAGAUACUCUCAUAUAUCCUGGUCAUGUUAAAUUAACAGAAAAAGAGAAAAUGAAUAUCUGCUAUCUUUCUUUUCCGGACUCCAAUUCAGGUUGUAUGGGGGACACCCAGUUUCAUUUCCGAAUUCGACAAUGUCCAGGUCGAAAACUUCACAUUCCUUCACAUUCACAAUACAACAGAGACUGCCCUAUAUCAUUACAGUGUGAUUAUGCAUAUUAUUAUGGUUAUGUAUACUUCAGACAAACCAAAGAUAAAUCUGUCCGCAGAGGAUAUUUCCAAAAGUCUGUGGUGCUAAUUUCAAAACUUCCAUUCCCAAACUUAUUUUCACAACUCGUGCGGAUCAUUGCUCCUGAAUAUUUUGACAGUGGAGAGCCCAGUGUUGAGGCAGCAUGUCAUGAUAUCGACCAGUGGCCACCGCCUACACCAGGGGAAACACUAAAUUUGCCUAUAUUUGGAACAGUCUUACAGGUGAGGGUGCCGUGUCGUUCAGACAAGCUUGUGGGGAUCGUUAAUCAACAGAGGGGCCCCAUUAUGUUUUUUUUUAUUUCUUUCCUGUUUUUUCUUAUUUCUUUCCUGUUUUUUCUUAUUUCUUUCCUGUUUUUUCUUAUUUCUUUCCUGUUUUUUUCGUAUUUCUUUCCUGUUUUUUCUUAUUUCUUUCUUGUUUUUUCUUAUUUCUUUCCUGUUUUUUUCGUAUUUCUUUCCUGUUUUUUCUUAUUUCUUUCUUGUUUUUUCUUAUUUCUUUCCUGUUUUUUUCGUAGUUCUUUCUUUUUUUUCGUAUUUCUUUCUUUUUUUUCGUAUUUCUUUCUUUUUUUUCGUAUUUCUUUCUUUUUUUCGUAUUUUUUUCCUUUUUUUUUGUAUUUCUUUCCUUUUUUUAAUUUCUUUCCUUUUUUUAAUUUCUUUCCUUUUUUUUUUCUUUCCUUUUUUUUCUUUCCUUUUUUUUCUUUUUUUUAA